AUGGUUCUCAGGGGAACAAAUGAACCCGACGUGGGCGACUCCCCCAGUGGGAGACUGAGCCAGAAACGCUCCCGCCAGCAACUUCAGGACGAUACCAAACCCGAGCCUGUGGACGGCACCCCGUCGAAGCGGAGGCGUCGAACUGCACCUGUCGACCCAUACGAAAUACCCUCUGACAACGAUGACGAAGAGGAGGUAGAUACGGAACCGGUGGCCGUGAAGCAAACUCCAAAGAAGCGAAGGGGCCGCCCGCCCAAGCCCAAGCCCGCCAUUCCGUCAGCCAGCGGCCCCGUCACGCCCUCGAAACUGCGACAUGUGGACGCUCUGGUAACACCAUCAAAGGCCAUAACACCGAGAAGGAGACAGGCAGCCGAUCGCUCUGCACGUCGGAAAAGCGCCCGGUCUCUCAUUCAGAGCGUCGUCGCCGAUGAUAGCGAAGAUGACGGAGGAGGCCUGGCCCGGGAAAUUUACGAGUCGAGCGAAGAAGAAGACGACGAAGAAGAAGAAGGCGAGGCAGAGGAGGCAGACGAACGAGACACAGCACCGGCAGAGACCGCACAACAACCCGAACCAGAAACACCAUCCGCGACUCCCUCCCGCCGCAGGGGGCGUCCGCGCAAGCAACCGCCGCCGAAAUCCCCGACCCCGCCCCGCGACCUCCCCCCCCACGAGAUCUACUUCGAGCACAACAAACCCGGCCGCGCAAAGACGUCGUACAACACCCUCUCGUCCCUCGAACUUCUCACCCACGGCGAGUUCUUUGACCUCCUCCGCGCCCGGGAGGAGCCCCACGCCGAGGACCUCGCCUACCUGCAGUCCCUCCACGAAGCCUCAUUCGAGCAGUGGCGCUUCGAGCUCGGCCAGGGGUUCAGCCUGUGUCUCUACGGUCAAGGGUCGAAGCGCGACCUCGCGGGCAAGCUGGCGGAGCACCUGUACGCGGCGGACCCCAGGGCGCCCAUUGUUGUGGUGAACGGCUACGUACGCACCAUCACGCCGCGCGACGUCUUCACCACCUUGGCCUCGGCCCUCAGCCCGCCUCCCAAGCUGCCCGCCCAGGCCACGGCAAUGGUCCAGGCCCUUUCUUCCGCCCUCACCGCCUCGCCCGCCCACCUGACGGUUAUUUUGAACUCGAUCGAUGCCGUGCCCCUCCGCAAACCGGCGAUGCAACAGCUCCUUGCCCAGCUCGCCGCUCACCCGCGUAUCCGCCUCAUCGCGACAGCCGACACGCCUUCUUUCCCGCUGCUCUGGGACGCCGCCCAGCGCACGUCGUUCAACUUCCUCUUCCACGACUGCACCACCCUGCAGCCGCUGGACGUCGAGCUGGACGCCGUCGACGAGGUGCAUGAGCUGCUCGGCCGCAAGGCCCGCCGCGUCAACGGCAAGGACGGCGUCGUCUUCGUCCUGCGCUCGCUGCCCGAGAACGCCAAGAAACUGUUCGAGCUGCUCGUCAUCGAGGUCCUGUCCGUCAUGGACGACGGCGAGCAGCAGCAGCAGUUCGGCGCCGAGAACCCGGGCGUCGAGUACCGGAUGGUGUACAACAAGGCCGUCGAGGACUUCAUCUGCAGUUCCGAGAUGGCCUUCCGCACGCUGUUGAAGGAGUUCCACGACCAUCAAAUCAUCACCAGCAGGAAGGAUGCCCUCGGCACGGAGCUAUUGAGCAUCCCGUUCGGGCGGGAGGAGCUCGAGGCCAUACUCGAGGAUCUGAUGUCAUGA